AUGGCACCUAUUGAUAUCUCAACCCUCCACAUCGACGGCUCCUCGGAGCUCUCCUUCUCAUUCUCCCUCUCCACCGGCACGGUGACUCUCGGGUUCGGCGCCCUCUUCCUCUGCGCGCCGCUGACGGUAGUGCCUAUCCUGUGGGCAGUAAACUAUUACUGCGCCACAGGACGCUACCGUCGCGCCCAGGCAGAGGGGGCGCCGCCCGCACCGCCUGGUGAUCCUCACCAGGUGGUGGCAAACGACCCGGAAGCCACUGUGGCCGGAGAGGGAGAGUGA